AUCCCCCUCUGUUCUGCCAAGGGCUUUCACUGGCUUGCAUGGACCAUCAGCAGCGACCAAUCUGAGCAAAGAAAAAACAAAGGGGGGGAAACUGCAGGAGCUCUGCUAUGAAAAUCGGGCAGCAAACAAACGAAGCAAGCAAACCAACCCCUGUCCUCCAGAGAAAGGGAGGAGGAGAAAACCAAAGGCGGCUGUCUCGUUAAAAAUAGAGCUCGCAGCAGCACCUGUGAACCCCUUCAAGUAUCUGCGCGGAUUUGUGUCCUAGGAAAGAGACAGACUCACAAACGAAAGUGCUGGAAAUUGCUGUGAGCAAAAGGAGGCAAAUAAACCGACCACCCCCUCCAAGAAACUGGUGUGUGUGUGUGGGGGGGGGGGGGAAGGAGUCUGAGGGAAUGACGCUGGAAGAUCCAGAGACUCAGAGAAGAAAAGUUGAUGCCAAGGGAGACUUUGCAGUCUAGAAACUGAGCUCCGCUCCGCGAUGGGCUUCCUAGUUUCUAAAGAAAACCUUCUCCUCUUCCUUUGGGCGAACGUCUUCCCUGUGUGCAGCCAUGUGGAAACCCGAGCCCAUGCAGAGGAGAGACUCCUGAAGAAACUCUUCUCGGGCUAUAACAAGUGGUCCCGACCUGUAGCCAACAUUUCGGACGUGGUCCUCGUCCAUUUCGGAUUGUCCAUCGCGCAACUCAUUGACGUGGAUGAGAAGAAUCAAAUGAUGACCACGAACAUGUGGGUGAAGCAGGAGUGGUAUGACUACAAGUUACGCUGGGAUCCUCUGGAAUAUGAGAACGUUACAUCCAUCCGCAUCCCUUCAGAACUCAUCUGGAGGCCGGAUAUUGUUCUCUACAACAAUGCAGAUGGGGACUUUGCAGUCACCCACCUGACCAAAGCCCACCUUUUUUAUGAUGGAAGAAUCAAGUGGAUGCCCCCUGCUAUCUACAAAAGCUCCUGUAGCAUUGAUGUCACCUUCUUCCCCUUUGACCAGCAAAACUGCACCAUGAAGUUUGGCUCCUGGACCUAUGACAAAGCCAAGAUAGACUUAGUGAGCAUGCACAGCCAUGUGGACCAACUGGACUACUGGGAGAGUGGAGAAUGGGUCAUCAUCAAUGCCGUGGGGAAUUACAACAUCAAGAAAUAUGAGUGCUGCACAGAGAUCUACCCUGAUAUCACCUACUUCUUUAUUAUCAGGAGGCUGCCCUUAUUCUACACAAUUAAUCUGAUCAUCCCCUGCCUCCUUAUCUCCUUCCUGACUGUCUUAGUCUUCUACCUGCCUUCAGAGUGUGGUGAGAAGAUCACCCUUUGUAUCUCAGUGCUGCUGUCACUGACUGUGUUCCUGCUGCUCAUUACGGAGAUCAUCCCUUCCACCUCCUUGGUCAUCCCCUUGAUUGGAGAAUAUCUGCUUUUCACCAUGAUAUUUGUCACCUUGUCCAUCAUCAUCACUGUCUUUGUGCUCAACGUGCACCACCGCUCCCCCCGCACCCACACCAUGCCUGACUGGGUGAAGCGGAUCUUUCUCGAUGUUGUCCCACGCCUCCUUUUCAUGCAACGGCCCGCAGCGGUGAAGGACAAUUGCAAGAAGCUGAUUGAGUCCAUGCACAAAAUAGCCUCCUCUCCGCAGCUUCGGUCUGAAACCAAAGUGGAGCCUAAGUUUACUACCUCCUCUUCAAACAGCCCUCAGAGCAAAGAACCAUCACCCACCUCUUCCUUCUGUGGCCAUCUUGAGGAGCAAGCCAAACCCCAGACUGUUGGCAAGUCACCUUCUCUCCAAUACUCUGUGCUACACCAAGAGCCGGCACAGGCUAGCUGCUCCUUGCUCCAGCCCCCCUGCCAUCUGCUGAGUGACACCCAGUCCAUGUCCAUCCCCAAGAGCAGAUCAUUAAGCAUCCAGCAAAUGUACAGCCCAAACAAAGUAGAGGAUGGGAGCAUCCGCUGCAGAUCCAGGAGCAUCCAGUACUGCUACCUGCAAGAGGAGUCCUCCCAGAACAACGGCCAGACCAGUGGCUCUCCGGCAUCUCAGCGGUAUCAUCUAAAUGAAAAGCAGCCCCAAAGCAAAGCCUCCCAGUGUAAAUGCAAGUGUAAAAAGAAUGUGGCAACCAGCUCUUCAGAGCAAGGAACCAAAACUCUCAGCACCAAAGAGCAACACGUGUUGCUGAUGUCCCCUGCCUUGAAGCUGGCAGUGGAAGGGGUCCAUUACAUCGCAGACCACUUGAGAGCCGAGGAUGCAGAUUUCUCAGUGAAGGAAGACUGGAAGUAUGUUGCAAUGGUGAUCGACAGAAUCUUCCUUUGGAUGUUCAUCAUAGUCUGCUUACUGGGCACCGUUGGUCUCUUCCUUCCCCCUUGGCUCGCAGGAAUGAUCUAAGAAUAGCUGUGGAAAGAACAAAGUGCAUCCCAUUCUAUGGAUUUUAGUCCACCUGGAAGGAGACAAGAGGAGAGAGCUGGAGACAGUCUCUAUGAAUAAUUUACUAUGUAUCUGCACAUGAAUUGUUCAGAGCACGCUGGGGACUCCUUCCAAGUUUACAUUAUUUGGCAAGCCAUCUUCAUCUUCUAUAUCUAUUUUAAGGGGGAAAUUGUUAUUAAAAUUCAUACAUAGCAUGGUGGCAUUCAUUGACACAUACGCUACAAUGUAAGAGUGCAGGCGUGGUCCUUAAAGCAGUACUACCCGAAGCAUUAUUUACAGACUGGCCCCUGGCAAAUUAGGCCCAUUAGUCUUGAGGGGUUUCAGUGUGUCCUGUGUAAUAGGGUCACGCCGUCAGGAUGGAACAGUUCAGGACGCUCUGUCCCUGUGAGAGCUGUUUAAUAAAUAAAGUUUCAAAUUUGGAUUCCUGGGCAAGAGACUGUCUGUGCAUCACGGGGGGUCCAGCUGUAGUCACAUAUGGCCAGACCACAAAGGGUUUGAGCCUCUGGAAACAGUUACCCUGACCAAAGUCCCAGCAGCAGCAGCAGCAGCCUUAUCAAAGUGUACGGGCCAAGCACUGAAGUCUUUACUCAUGCAAAACUGCAAGAGUAAGAUUUUGGCUUGAGCAAGGACUGCAUGAUUUGGCUCAAAGUGUGUUUCGAUCCAUCCACAUUAGCCUUGGUCUUGAUUUCCUUUUCUUAAUGGAAAUCUGCUUGAUCACAGACUUCGGCUGCUGCAGAAGGCCUAUAAGCUGGACUCUGUCUCUGUGUCUAUCAGCAAAGCGUGAGAUGCUUGGCACUUAUACAGUAAGGCUUUCAGUAUUAAAUGAGAGAAGGGGCCUGUUGUUAAAUACAGACACUUGCAUAGGAUAUCUAGAUCCCACAUAUGGAGGCUUGGAUUGGAAUCACCUUUGUAGAGGAAUGGGAGAAUUCUCAAAAGCCAUUCUGGAUGCCCCAAUUGAGACAUUGGAUACCCAUAAACAUUAGUCACCUCUGACAAGUUUGGCCUAUGUGCAGAAGUAACUGUCCAUCUGGACAGAGUCAAUGUUAUUGAAGGUCUGUGUUAUACAGGAAGGUGACUGGUUCCUCUGUGUAUUAAGGUUCUCUUUCUACAUGCACUUCACUUUAACAACCUCCAAGACUUGAGAAAAUCCAACAUGAUGGUGUCUUGGAUGGUUCAGGGUGUCACCAGGAUGCCUGCAAAGUUUCAAGUUGAAGGUAGUUUAAAAAUAUACCUUUAAAGUGCAUGCGGGCAAUAUCAGCAGUUUCAAGUCCUAGUGGGUUAUCAGCACUUAAAUACAACAUUUAUUUCAAUAGCUGCAAUAGAGCAUGCAUUUGAUUGCUUCUGGCACAGACAUUAACAUUUGAUAAGGUUCAAAAGCCACCAUUGUUGAAUGUCAAUUUCAGCAACAGCAUCUUCUGAAGAUGGAUCGAUUUACAGUAGUAUCAGGCACAGAGACUGGUCAGUGCUAUGAUCAAACUGUCAGAAGGCCCAGGUCAACCUUCAAAGGCAACAUUAUUGAGGAGUCAUGUUGACUUUCAUUGGUGUAAACAGCCAAUGGCCUUAUUUUUCAGCCAAUGGCCUGAUCGUUUCUAUAUUUUGAAUGGGUAGGAGGAUCAGUGAAGUCUGGAUGGAUCAGUGAUUUGACAGCGAAGCCAGUUAAUAAGGUGGAUGAGUUGCCACAGUGGUUACCUUUUCACCACUGAAGACCUGGCUCCAACUCUUGCUCAUGUCACAUUUGAAAUGAAUGUUGUGGUCUAACACUAGUCCCCGUGAUCUAAUCACCACUGUGGGGAGCUCCACUUCAGCAGUGGCGAGAUGGGGGAUGUUAUCAUUCAGGAUGGGUAUCCAUUGGCAGAGAUUCGUGCCGCAGAGUACCUGCCUGAACCUCACCAGGUCCAAGCCAGAUCUAUAACCCCCUUGCUUUCAAUGUACCCCAACACUUUCUGUAUGAAAGAGGGAGAGGGAAGGAUGAAGUGGAGGUUGCAUAGAGAGACUACACUCCAAUGGUGACUUCUCCAGAGGGUUCCCAAUGUUCCCUAGGACUUUUAGCCAAUAUUCCUUCAUAAAAAACAAAUGAUGAAGCUUCCUAAAAGGCCUGAAAUAAAAUAUUUCCACAUUC